CGUUGCGGUAAUCCGGUUCAGACGUGACAAGUGCGGCCGACUGAACCUGAACUCAGUCCUAAAUUUCUGCCCCACAGGCUCCCAAAACUCCAGUAUCCCCCACAGCAACACCACCGAGCUGCACGCAUGUGAACAAUACAAUGGUGGACUGAUAUGUGUCGCGACGAGAGGCUUUCUCACAGCGGGGGAAUUGUUCCUUUGUAAGCUAGUUUGGUCCGUUAGUAGUGAUGUUGUGCACGGGGCUGGAUGAGCAGCGAGUAGCCUGACGCGUCUUCUCCACAGGCCGGGACGAGCCUUUCAGCCGAGCCCGGAGGACCAGGACACCCAGAUGAAAGCGAGGAAAGCCUCCCGCAGCUUGUGGUAACAGCCGGGUACUCGGACACUGCUAGCCUGCCCCAAACUGCCUCACCAAUUCCUGCUGAAAGUGAGACCCAGACAGCCUUCACGGUGGAAACGAGAAGAAGAGCAAAGAUGAAUGCUGUGCGGGGGGGCACAGUCACCUGGCGUCCCCAGCCGUGGCAGGAUGGGGACGGAGGAGGAGGAGAGCCUCUGUCAGACAGCGACUCAGAGGAGGAGGACUUCCCUGAUGACAGCACCACACCGUUGGGAGACUACAUCACACAUGGACUGAAGCAGCUCCUGGAUGCUCAGCAGCUGUGCGAUGUCACUCUGCUUGUUGAGGGAAAGAAGUUCAUGUGUCACAGAGUCCUCUUAGCAGCCGUGAGCCCGUACUUUAGGGCUAUGUUCACCAGCCCUCUGGUAGAGUCCCGCCUCACUGAGAUCCGACUGGAGGAGGUGACGCCGUCUGUCAUGGAGACUGUCAUCCAGUUUGUGUACACCGGUGAGGCAGGGCUCUCUCUGGACACAGCUGAGGAUCUGUUUGUGGCCGCCAACCGGCUCCAGGUCAUGCCCCUUCAAGACCUCUGCUCAAGGUUUCUAUUCGAGCACCUCUCAGUGGAUAACUGCCUGGGGAUGUACUCUCUAGCUCGUUCUCACCAUGAUCAGCUGCUGCUGCGCGCCUCCCUGCGGCUCGUAGCCCAGCACUUUCCCCGGGUGGCACGGCAGAAAGACUUCCUCCUGCUUGACCACGGCACCUUAGGCAGCCUCCUGAGCUCUGACCGUCUGGGGGUGGACUCCGAAGCGGAGGUUUACGACGCAGCGCGCCGCUGGGCAGAGCACCAACCUUUGGAUCGCUAUGUCCACAUGCCGGCGCUGCUCCACCACCUGCGGCCGGGGCUGCUGUCCCAGGAAGAGAGCCGAAGACUGUGCCAGGAGUUGGGGCCGGCUGCGGCUGGUGAGGGCCUCGGGGGGCCUCUGAGACCACGGGAGGGCAUGUUUGAGAAGAAGAUUGUCUGUGUGGACCUGACGCCUCGGGAAGAUGAGAAUUUAGCUGCAAGAGACUACACAGUGGACUGCUUUGACCCUCGGACAGGGAAGUGGGAGAAGUUAGCAGCGCUGGGUUCUCUGGUCAGUCCCGGCUGUACGGCUGUAGGUGACCGGCUGUUUGUAGCGGGUGGGAUCUUGCGGACAGGUUCUGUGUCUGCAGCUGUGCAUGAAUAUGAUGCAGUGUUGGACCGCUGGGUAGAGCGGCCUUCUAUGGUCCAGCCGCGGGCUAUGCUCGGCCUGCUGGGCUGUGGAGAGUCACUCUUUGCCCUGGGUGGUAGUAACCGCUCAGCUCUGCUGGACUCCAGUGAGACCCUGGAGCUGACUACACUUCAGUGGACUGCGGGACCUCGGUUACCGCUCCCUCUGCGCGCCUUCGCCUGCGCAGCGUUACGUGGACGGCUUUACCUUCUGGGUGGAACCACACUUGAACAGAACCGGGCUGUGGUUCACUCGGGGGUGCUUAUUUAUCACACCCUUACAGACUGCUGGACCCGUGUGGCUCUGGACUCCGGUGCCACUUGUCUCGCUGGAGGAGUAGCAGUGCGAGGAGGAGUCUGUGCCAUCGGGGGAUACAUGAGGGAUACCACCAAGUUCCUGGAUGGAAACUACACCAAUCUGGAGACUUUAGACGCCACUGGGCGUGUGCUGUUUUUCAGAGAGGGCAGGGGGUCUGGAGUAGAGAGGGAGGUGACUGGGGGAGGGGUGAUGGUCACCGCGGAGCAGCGGGGUGGUGCAGGUGGUGGAAGCGACCGAGCCCCAAGCCCUGUGGUAUUUCCUGGGCUGCCGCGGCGGAUCGCAGCAGGGGGUGUGGCGAGGUGGAAACGCAGGAUUUAUGUGCUGGGUGGGGAAAACGGCUCACGGUUCUAUGACAGUGUGUACUGUUGGAAGCCUGGCUGGCGCAGCUGGGUCCAGAGACGGGAGAAACUUCCUGGAGACACUGGAGGGGUGAGCCAGUUUGGGUGUACCACUUUAAAGUUCCCUAAGAAACACAUCCUGUCCAGACUGAGACUAGCCAAAGAAAACUGCAAAAAGGCUGCUGACUAGCUCAGUUAGGGACCAGUAUGACUGAAGUGGAGGCAGCCGUUAAUGUGACCCAGAGAUGAGCUCCAGGCUGAGUUUGAAUUAGCUCCCCUUGACCUCAUGAAAUAUUGGUGUUAAGAUGGAGUCACAAGGAAGAGACCAUUUUAUACAAUCUGAGUGCAGCCACAGAGUAGACCUACAACAGACCGGAUGCAGACAGAUCUCAUGAAAUGUAGUAUGGAUAAUAAAUGUACAGGCAGGAAUCAUGUGGAGCCAGAAACUGAUUAGAAGUCAGGCAACAAGCACCUGAAUGUAACCUAAUCCACUAUUUGUCAGAACAGCAGUCCUUUGAGAGACAAAGAAGGGCCUUUUCAUUUUCUUAAAGUGUAAAAUUACUUUCAGCUUUUUGCUGGCGCCAUUUUUAAAGCUGUUUGGAUACCGUUUCAAUGCUGUGAAUUUUUCAGCAGUGUUUAGUUUAGACACAAGGACGCUGGCACAUUUCUGAUCAUGCUAUGUUCCACUUUGUUUGCAUCUUGUUUCUUCUCUAGCGUGGGCCUGCAGAGCUCUUUGAAACUGCAGUUCAGGGUUAUACAAUAGGAAAACAUAGGAAACACACAUUUUUUAUCAACCUUCUUGCACGUUGACAGUUUUUACUCAUACCAUCGGUUCUUUGUUUUUAAUCGACUGACAAAAUGGAAACUAAAAAUGUGUUUUGGCACAUGUAUGACCAAACACAGCAGCAGCACAGUUUGUGAAUUACAAGUCUGCAUUUUAAAAUGAACUGAAAGUUUAAUUAUUAACUCAUAAACCAGUGAAGAGGCGAAUGCCUGUUCUGUUUUUGACUCAUGUCCUGAAAAAGAAGAAGACAUGCUUUAUUGAUCCCAGAGGGGAAAAUCUUUUUUUUUUCCACUGUGUUGUUAUUUUUACACAUUACCACACUGGCCCAAAAUACACACACACAUGCACAAACAAGCCCUUUAUUGAUCUCCCAUCUCAGUGUAGGACAUCAGUCACAUCCUCAGAACUGCAGACACCCUAUGCUGGUUUGUACGGCACAUCAAUGGCUCAUUUGUUGAGUUUAAUCUCUCACAACAUCAGACCCACAUCUUCCAUCUCAAAACACUGUCCAGUGUUGAACUCCUGCAAAGCUCUGUUUACUGGUGUCUUCAAGCAGGCAGUCAGAUCCCUCCAACUGAUCCCAAAUAUGGCAGCCUGUGUGUUAAACACAGCAGAUAGUUGGUGCUUCUCAAAGUGAAGGAAGGAUCCUUAAAUGGCUGAAUUUAAAGGAGGCUAUAUUAUGAAAUCCUGCAGAGGGACUGCUCCAGUGUGAAGGGUCCUUCAUAUUCUACCGAGGACCAAGUCCUUCAGAGAAUUUUCAAGGAUUCAUGUGUGUAUCCUCAGCAGGGAUGAAGUAUCCACAAUUGCUUGUGCACGAUUUACUGAUAUGAAGCAGCGCCUUUUCAGUGAUGCACAUCUGGGCGCUCCCUAGCCUGUUCCAAUGUGUGUUCACCAAAUGCUAGGAAGGAGACUUGCCUAGCCUCUGUAGGACCUGACUUGGAAGGAUCUGUCCUACCAAGGAAGCAUCCUUGACUUUAAGAAGCACCCAGUGUCUCUUCACUAAGUAGGAACUACGGGUAUGGGAAAAAAUUGACACAGCAUAGUAAUGCAAUAUUUUUGUGAGGCAAUAUCAUAUCAUUACAUGGCACACAACUGAGCAUGGUUUAAACACCACAGCCUACCUGAGUAUUGUUGCUGACUGUGUCCAUCCCUUUAUGACCACAGUGUACCCAUCUUCUGAUGGCUACUUCCAGCAGGAUAACGCACCAUGUCACAAAGCUCACACCAUCUCAAACUGGUUUCUUGAACCUGACAAUGAGUUCACUGUACUCCAAUGGCCUCCACAGUCACCAGAUCUCAGUCCAAUAGAGCACCUUUGGGAUGUGCUGGAACGGGAGAUUCUCAUCAUGGAUGUGCAGCCGACAAAUUUGCAGCGACUGUGUGAUGUCAUCAUGUCAAUAUGGACCAAAAUCUCUGAGGAAUGUUUCCAGUAUCUUGUCAAAUCUCUGCCACGAAGAAUUGAGGCAGUCCUGAAAGCAAAAGGGGUCCAACCUGGUACUAUCAAGGUGUACCUAAUAAAGUAGCUGAUGAAUGUAGUUUGCAGUUGAGAAAAGGUAAUGAAUCGCCAUUUAUUGCACACUAUUUUAUUGCAAUAUGCAGUAUAUCACAACACAUUUGAAAUUGCAGUAAUAUCGUAUCAUGAGGCCUCUGGUGAUUCUCAGCUCCCAGCAGAAACCGUGCUCGUGUUCGGUGUUCUUAAAUGCUCUUAUAAAGGUCCUGCCUCAAACAAGUGGAACAUAGCAGUGGGUUCAAUGUGCCGAUUGGGCUAGACAAUGUGCAAAAAAAAAAAAAAAAAAAGAAUUGGAGAUUAAUAUAUACAACAAUGUGUGGUUUAAAGAAAUAUUGGUAGAUGUUCAUGACGGUGUGCUGCAAAGAAAACUUGAGCUGUCCUUUUCAGCGAGCAUGAUAUGAUUACAGUGACAGAAGGUAAAUGUGUAAGGGUGUCCCACAGCAUUCUUGUGUCUAGACUAUCGCACCUUUCCAAAACCUUCAAGCCAGGUGAAAAGUCAUUUUUAUUUGAUUCAGCAGCCGUGUCAAAAUGUCAUUUUUGUUUCAACUGCUCCAGCCACAGGACUCGUGAAUGUGUUUGGUACGGAGGCUUUGGAUUUCCUGAACACAUUAGCACUGCACCUAAUUUAUUGAAAUGUAUUUCAAAAGAUUUUUGUUGUUGUUUUGAGACUUUUUGCUCUGACUGCAGAGCCCAGGCAUCCUGCAGAAUGGCACUAUGAGUUUAGUCAGACCUGUCAAACAGGAGCAGGCGUGUUGUGGGAAUGUGAAAGUGACUGAGGGUUUUUUAAAAAACCGAAUUCCUGAAUUUUGAUUUUCAUGAAAUGUCAGAAAGUUUGCCUACAAAUGUAAGCACACUGUUUUGCUGUAAGCCGCUGUGUUUUAUUUUAUCCUUUUUUCUUUUAUUUUCCUCUCUUAUUUAUUCACAUUGAUCGAUUUAGAUUCUUCUGCAGGAGGUAUGUGUGUAGGAAAAACACUGCGAGCUGUGUCUGAACAUGGCAGAAAUCUAUUAGUGUUGACGUCAGAUUGCAACUAGCAACAGGGCCAGAAAAUAUAUGGAUAAAUCUUGGUGCUGGGAGAUUCCCACCUCUAGGUUUCGAAUGCUAAAGGAUGCAGGAGGAGCAGGGAUAUUAGUUUUGGAACUACUGGGGGCCAGAAAUUAGUUUUGAGACAUAACUUUAGGUUGGCUAACAUUGAUUAAUAGGACUGUGACUACAUAUAGGAUUUGUGUCUAAUGGCAAAAUAGGAUUUCUUUUUCAAGUCUUACAACUGGGAUAAGACAAAGUAUGACUCUGUGCAGGACUCAAAGUGGAUUUAUUUAAAUUUACUGAAGCAACAAAUCAAUGGUAGCCUGAAACGUAACAACUAGAACUAGCUAAAAGUACGAAUUUGGUGAGAAAAGGAGAAGCUUUCUCAGAUAUUGUUAUUGUAAAACCAGACCGUUGAGGCCAAACUCAUGUGUCUCCCCUACAAAUAAGACUCAAAUCAGACUGUGGUUAGGUUUGUCUCAUAACUCCGCUCCUCACUGGGUUAUACUGGAUCAGAAAUACAUUUCUCAAUUCACCCUCCCAUGUAGAGCUUUCCAGAAUGUUACAACGACUCCCUCGAGAACAGAGUAGUGGAGUUUCAUCAGUUCCCAGCUAACAGCAGAUAUUGAACAGCACAGUCAAGUUAUUUCUAGCAAACUGUGACACAGCUUGAAUAUAACAUUGUGUUAAUGUUCAUUACAAUAGUUGGUUCACUAGUCAUACACACAACAGAAUUUUUAGAUGAGUUGGUUGAGAGAUGUGAGUUUCAGUUUGUGUUUCUAGAAAAAAAAAAAUCAUUGUCACAUUGUCUUUUUUUAUUUCCGAAAUCAUGCUCUGAAAUGCCACCUCGAAACAUCAAAUGAUUUCCUUUCCCUCCGUGUGCUUACAGCUUGUACAUGUGAAAGGUGAUUGUGUGCAUGUUUUCUAUGCUGAGGCAUAAAUCUGUUCAACACAGGCUCUUUGCACACAUCCGCACCCACACGCUGUGUGUCCAUUCAGAGAAGUGAAGCUGCCCUCAUUUGUACAAUCUGAUUUGUUAACUGAAAGGCAAAUGGAUGUUUUGAUGAAAGCAGUGCUGUCAAACGAUUAAAGGACUGUUUGCUUAAGAGUUUUAUUCCACUUCUUUUUUUACAACAGGAACUUUUGAUGAAGAUCAACAUUUGUACUGUGGGGCACAUACAGGAGAUGUUUGGGCAUAAAAGAGGCCAACGAUAGAUACAAGUCUUCAUUUCUGCAUGUAAAGUGUUAAAACCCAGUGGA